AUAAAAUGUACGUCCAUCUACGUCAUCAUGCGAAUGGACUAGUGAUCAUACUUGGACUUAGGCCAUAAAUGGUUUAAAGUGAUUGAUGAUAGUGUAGUGUUCCUGUGUUGGGCCGAGAAUUGUGUAUAGAAGCUAUUAUUGUUGGGGGAAAAUGUCGAAGAAAGGCCAUGCUUGUUUGCAUGGAACAGCAACAGAUAAGAUUUGUUGCUGCUGCUUGAACUCGGGUUGUCUUAUUGAAUGCUCUAAAUGUGGACAUAAAGAAUUCAAAAAAUGUCACACUGCUUCAGAUGUACAGAAGACGAAGGGGUCUAAAACGUCUAACGUCGGAGCCAAACAAUCUGCUGCCGAGAAUAAAAAAAAGUUGAAAUUUGAAUCUCCCAAAACAGCAGGAAAGAAAGGCUCUAUUGUUGAUCCAGAAUUGGAAUUUACCAAUCCCAAUCCUGAUCUACAGGAAUUGUUUAUAGAAUAUGACAAAAAGUUUUUUUAUGGUGCGCUCCGAAAGCACAACGUAACAGUGGCCUGGAGUAAACGAUUGAAGGUAUCCGUCGGGAACUGCAGGGAUGACUAUCCACCAAUUAUACAGCUCAGUGAACCUUUACUCAAGCUUCGGCCACGAAAAGAUACAGUGGAAACUCUCCUACAUGAAAUGAUUCAUGCAUAUCUUGCUGUUGUUCCUGGUCAAUAUGAAGAAGAAGAACAUGGACCAAAGUUCUUCAAACAAAUGGAACGCAUUGAUCGUCUUGCAGGCACUAACCUCACGGUGGAUCACGAUUUCCACGAUGAAGUAGACCAUUAUUCUUACUUUUGGGAGUGUAGUGGAAAAUGUAAAAAACAAAUAGUCAGUGCUGUAUUUAGACCACCGUCCAGCGCAAAUGUGUGGUGGAAUGAUCAUCAAAAAAAUUGUGGCGGAAAAUUCAAUCUGAUACAUGAUCCAAAAAAGAAGACUGGUAAAAAUCCUGAACCAAAAAGUGAAGUUCUUCAAGACUUUCAACAAAAUAGAUGUCCAUACGCCUUGUGAUGUAAAACAUCAUAUUCAAAGUGCAACAGAAUUUCUUUCAUUUAUAUACCUAAUGAUUUUGUAAUAAUGAAGUAUUUAAGGGAGAUUUCUAUUAUUAGAAUUUUUCAUUUAAAAAUGAUAGUUUUAAAGUAGUCUAAAUAUUAAUAAUUUACAUUGAGUUUGCAAAAAUAUUAGUGUUUAAGAUUUUUUUAUAUUUUUAUUGGUAUGUAUUGAAAAGUCUGUAAAAUGUUUUAAGUUUAUGUUGGAUCUUUCAGUAUUUGGUCUAAAUUGUGUGAUAUUAGCAAGUUCUAUUGAGUAUAAUUUGAAUGUAAAUUUUUAUGUGAUGAGUUAUUAGUUUUAAUGAAAGAUGAAAGAUCAACGAAUGCAAUGUGUACGAGUAAAACAUGCUAAAUAUUAAUAUAUUUUAAACAUUUUUAAAUAUGUAGUUUUCCUACUAUAAAGAUUUUAUUAUGAAAA